CUGGCCGACCGAUCCCGAUCCUCCCCCCGGCCACAAAAAAGAACCCGCCAUCAUGUCGGCAGGCUGGCACUGGGACGGGCCCCGAGUUGGCCAGAGGAUCCCAGGCCAACGGACUCCCUUCCCAACCGGCGGUGAGCCGAGAGAGGACCCAGUCCAACCAAACUUUACUCCCGAAUCUAUGCAUAAUGCAUCCCUGAACGAUGGGUUUCCGAGACAUGUUCAACAAACAUCAACGUACCAUGUCCCUCGUUCCAUGUUGUCGGGCUUUGAUCACCACGGACUUGAUGAAUUCGAUCGACGGCUCUUGGGCAUUCCGUCACCGCACACUUCCAGUGCAACGAUCCACGGCACCCAGCGGAUUUCACUCCCACCAAGUAAUUUUCCCACCCGUUCGUCUGUCCCGGUUGGACAUCCUACAAGCUACUCUGGACUCUCAUUCCCCAAUGGUCCCUUCCCUGGAACUCAAUGUUCUCUCGGAUCCCAAUUCUCCGGGAGUCAGAUGCCCAACCCUGCAACACUGAAUACGGCGACCCGAGCGCCAGCUCAUCGGUUGAGAGAACUGCAUCCCGGCUUGCAGCAGGAUACACCGCCAUUCUACUCGGCAUCCUACGAACAUGGCCAAGGCACGAGGAAGCCAUCCACAACUGCAACGUCGUCCUCAGAACCUGGAAGUUCAAGCCCAGCUGCAAGAGCCGGUCUUCGCAAGCACUCUCACGCGUCAUAUCCAACCGACCCACAACCGACACAGAUGAGCUUGUCGCCCUCCCAGCCGCAGAAAAUCCUGUCUUCUCAGAUGGAGCUUCCUCACGCGCCUCCGAUGGCAAACGGGAUACCUCUCAUCAGCCCUCGACAGGCACUGCCCGACAAGUUCCGAGCACUGUUUCCCUACGAAGUGUUCAACGCAGUACAAUCCAAGUGCUUCGAUGCGGUAUACUGCUCUAAUGACAAUGUUGUGGUUUCGGCCCCGACGGGGAGCGGCAAGACAGUGAUCCUGGAACUAGCAGUGUGCAAACUGGUUGCCGAACGGGGCAACGAGAACUUCAAGAUCGUCUAUCAAGCCCCGACAAAAGCCCUCUGCUCGGAGCGUACGCGGGAUUGGGAGAAGAAAUUCGGCCACAUGAAUCUCCAAUGCGCCGAACUGACUGGAGACACUUCCUACUCUGAAAUGCGGCGCGUUGGCAACGCCUCGAUUAUCAUCACGACCCCUGAGAAAUGGGAUUCCAUCACCAGAAAGUGGCACGAUCACCGAAAGCUUCUUCAGAUGGUUGAGCUUUUCCUGAUUGACGAGGUCCAUAUCCUCAAGGAUGUUCGUGGGGCCACAUUGGAAGCCGUGGUAUCACGCAUGAAGACCAUUGGCGCAAAUGUCCGCUUUGUGGCACUGAGCGCGACCGUACCCAACUCUGGGGACAUCGCCAAAUGGCUUGGGCGAGAUCACACAAACCAGCAUCUUCCCGCUCGUCGAGAGGUCUUCGGCGAGGAUCUCCGACCAGUCAAGCUCAAGAAGUACGUGUACGGUUACGACUGCAAUGGGAAUGACUACAUCUUCGACAAGUUCCUCGACCAAAAGCUCCCCAUGCUGCUUGCAAACCAUACGCGCCGAAAGCCAAUCCUCAUUUUCUGCUUCACCCGGAAAUCCUGUGAAACGACGGCCGCCAAGCUUGCUGAGCUGUGGGCCGCCAUGGGCAACGACGACAAAAUUUGGCACGCUCCUUCCAGCCGCAUUCCCGUCGUCAGCAGGGAGCUUCAAGAGAUCGUCCAAUUCGGGGUUGCGUUCCAUCACGCCGGUCUCGAUGCCCAGGACCGCAACACCGUGGAGAAGCACUUCCUUAAGGGCGAUCUGGGGGUCAUUUGCUGCACUUCCACUCUCGCCGUGGGCGUCAAUUUGCCCUGUCACACGGUCGUGCUGAAGGGUACUGUCGGGUUUCAAGACGGUCGGCUGCAGGACUAUUCUGACUUGGAGGCCAUGCAAAUGCUGGGACGCGCCGGCAGGCCACAGUUCGAUGACAGUGCGAAUGCCAUCAUCCUUACCAGAAACGCCAACAAAGGGCGGUACGAAAAGAUGGUAUCGGGACAGGAGAUCCUGGAGAGCACCCUUCAUCUUCACCUCAUUGAGCACCUCAAUUCCGAGAUUGGUUUGCGUACCAUUGGCGACCUCCCAUCCGCGAAGAAGUGGCUGAGCGGGACGUUUCUGAGUGUUCGAAUGCGACGAAACCCUGACCAUUAUCGGCUAACCGAGUCGGCAUCGUGCAUACAGGACACUGAUGACCGGCUGGCGGAAAUAUGCGAGCGAGAUAUAAAGCUAUUGCAGGAGCUUGGCCUAACGACCCAAGGCCAGUCAUUCACGGCAACUGAGUACGGAUGCGCCAUGGCCAAGUAUAUGGUCGAGUUCAACACGAUGAAGCUGCUGCUUGAGCUUCCAAGAGCAGUGAAGAUGGAAGAACUUCUGAAUACUGUCUCCAGAGCGGCGGAAUUCAAGGAGUUUCGUUUCAAGCCAGCAGAGAGAGUCCUUUUCCGGGAAGUCAACAGAUCUCCUUUCAUCAUGUUCCCGAUCAGGGAGUCGGUCACCCAGACCUGGCACAAGAUAUCCCUGCUCGUUCAGCUUCACCUUGGCGGCGGCGAAUAUCCCGACUCAACGGAAGGGUCGAAGCUCAAACGGCAGCUUAUCAUGGAGAAGAGACUCGUCUUUGAGCGACUACAGCGCCUCCUGUGCUGCGUCAUUGACUGCAAGGGCCAUGAUCGCGACAGUAUUGGUACUAGAACAGCCCUUGAACUUGCCAGAUCCGUGGCCGCAGAGGCGUGGGAAGGGCGGCCGUCUCAGUUGCUGCAGAUCCCAUCGAUUGGAGCAGUCGGCAUGAGGAAGUUGGUAAGCCAGGACGUGCGGACAGUGUUGCAGCUUGCGGAGAAGGAUUACAGCGAGAUCGAGAGGCUCCUUGCGCGGAACCCGCCGUUUGGGAAGAAAACGCUCGACCAUCUGGACAAGUUUCCCCGCCUCGCCAUCGAGGCUUCGGUCACAGGCCACGGCAUCACCUCGUUCGGCGGCAAAGACGUCCUCGCAGUCAACGUGAAGGCAGUUCUUCGUCACAUGAACCCCAAAGGCCAGUCCAACUGGCUCGGCAAGAUUCCGUUUGCGACGUUCCUCGCAGAGACCACUAGCGGUGCGCUGGUCUACUUCUGGCGUGGGAGUCUCAACAAGGUCGAUAAAACAAGCGGGUUGGAGUUGAAAUUUACCGCCGAGCUCAACGGAGCGAGUGAUCAAAUACAGUGCAACUUCGGUUGUCAGGAGAUUGUUGGCGCUUGUGUCUCAAAGUCCGUCAAGCACAAUAUCCCAGCCUCGGCCUUCCCGAAAGCACAGAACGACGAAUCCCAAGUUCGUCAUUCUCACAUCAACAGGACGUUUGAGGAGGGGAAUGACGCGGACAUUUGUGAUGCUGAACUUCUGGAGGCGGCAGAGCUCGUGAACACAGUUGAAGAACAGCGCGCCGGAGAAGUUCCGGAACCAGACGACGACGACGAGUUUCCGCUCAUUAAUGAGCUGCUCGGAUCGACAACGCCGCAGUCGCAGUUCCGACUUUGGGGCUCGGGUCCCUUGAGCAGUCGGCACGCCCCAGGACCUGAGGCUGAGCUCCAACGUGAGCCUGUCCAGCUGCCGAACGGGAGGUGGCAGUGCAACCACGCCUGCAGCGGAGGUGUUCCAACCAAAGCUGGCAAACUAUGUACCCACCGAUGCUGUAAAGAUGGCCUUGAUAAGCCUCGGAAGAUCAAACCUUCUUCCAAAAAGAGAAAGACAGGCGGCGAGGAUGGGGGUAGUCCUUCCGAGCCUGCACUGCCCCGUACCAAUCCUAUCGCCAGAGACGGAUCAGUUGCCUGGAAUAAGCGUCUAAAGGUACAAGACGGCGACAUGGCUAGCACCAGAAAGCCCGACCACCAGUUACUCAAUCCAGCACCAGCCGAGGAAACCAACUGGCGGAACACUGUCUGGGACGAUUCUGAUCUCGAGUGCAUUGACCUCUCCGCCUUCAGUGAUGAUGAUGCGGACCCGCACACGGAGUUACCAAAGGGGCAGAGAAGCAGAAAGAAGAGCAUCUCAAGAGGUCGGGUCCAAGACGAUAUCGACGGCAAGUCGCAAGGCGGGCAGGUGAGUUACCGCUCGAACGCAUCAGUUGUCCACCCAGGUACCAACGAGGGCGGUGAGAUUAUUUCGUCGCGGGGAGAGUCGACGGACUACGGUGACUUGGAUGAGUUUGACCACGGCAGCGGAAACAAACUUGUUGGCAGCAAGCACACACAACCACAACAGGAACAUGGACAUGGUUCUCAAGGGCCCUUCAAAUCUGGAGCUAUGGACACCAUGCUCUACUCCACAAUUGCCAACCUCCCUAUUUCGCCAAUCGCAAACCAGCCAGAAUCGAUGGAUGAAUUGGACAACCGCUCGGCAAAGAAAGCAAUUCGGGAGGCCGCGAAGUUAUGUGAUGUGGCUUCUUCCCCGUCCUCCCAAAGCGACCAGUCUUCGGAUGCUCCCGAGAACGACUUUGACGAGCCCACGUGCCAUAACCUCGGAGGCGAAGUCAUGGCUGACGACGAAGCCACUAGAGCCCCUUCCCUAGGCCGUAUGCAAACGAGCCAUGACGAUCUGGGCCCGGAGCCUGGCAAUGGCGGUGGUACAGUUGCGGGGGAGGGACCGGGGAAGCAGGACGGUGAGCCUUCGUGGGUCCAGGACUUUGACCAAGACUUUGUCGACCUAUUCCGGGGCUAUGUGACCUUCGUCUGAACGAUGGGAGCAAACUGAUCUGGCGCGCCACCCACCCCGAUUCCCCGUUGCUUGUUGAGGGAGAAUGCCUUGGGACGAGUUAAAAUGUCCAACCAUAAUUAUGCUUACAGGCCGCCUAGUUGCUUUACAACCAGCAUUUUAUGGACUGACGAGAUCCAGUCCUGGCAUACACCAAAUACUUGGUUUGAUUUGUUUGCAUGUUUCGUAAUUGAGCGUAAACUAGUUGCGCACGAACGGGCAACCUCGUUUAUGAUAUGUAUAACUACGUGCUCAGAUAGUACAUAUUAAGACCCACUGGCUUCUUUCUGUGCCA